AUGUGUAAUCCUAUCUUCUGGGUUCUUGUAUUAGCAGCUUGGGUCAGUCGAGCUGACUCUCCAACAAAGACAACAGAUGAGACAGACGCGCCUCUGGGGAGAUUCCGUCGUAUAAUUGGUGGAGAUUAUGUUGAGCAGAGUGAAUUUCCCUACAUGGUUUCCAUUCAAGCCAAAUUGAAAAAGGAUAUAUUCGCCACCCUCACAGGAGGAGUACAACACUUCUGUGGUGGUACCCUCAUCGACUCACAAUGGAUUGUUACUGCUGCUCACUGCAUCUAUGCUUAUGACAAGAACAACACCAGAGUCCCGCUCGUUGAUCCAAAAAUAUGGCACGUCAGGAUGGGAACAAAGGAACUUCAGGCAUUUUUCUCCCUUAUAAUAAUAAUAAAGCCCACACUAAUGGAUCGUCUCAAGGGAGCAUUGACUCGUCUUUUCAACUACAUCUACGGACAGAGGAAACUUCAAACCUACUACCAUGUCGAGAAAAUCAUACUCCACCCUAAAUACAAAGAACCAAAAUUGGAAUACGACAUUGCCCUUAUGAAAUUGAAGGAGCGUAUUCAACUUCAUCAUCUGAGGCACCUCGAUAUUUUGAGACUUCCAUUCCCUGCUAUCGUGGGUUAUUACUACCCUCCAGAAAAAACGGUGACCUCUCCGCUUAUUUAA